AAAAUGCUGCAAGGUGUCAAUUGCCAUGAGCAAUAAUUUAAAAAUUGUUUUACAACGCAUUAGGAGUAUUCAUAUAAUUAAAAACAUUCUGACGCAAUAUCUCAUUAGGCUAAUAUCUAUUUAUUAAUCAGAAUUGACUGAAAAGAGUGAAAAUGGAUAUUUUAAAAAUUUCAAUUUUAUCCCCUUCCUUAAUUGAAAUUAGACCUGGGAUCAGCGACACCACAGAACCGACUUCAAAUCAAGACUCCUUAUUUGUCAGUGCACAAUUGGGACAGCACGUCACUUUCAUAUUGGCCCAGUGUUAGCCAAUCGGUGUCGUCUUUAUCCGAGCGCGACUCAGGGCGAUUGUGACGGCAGAGGUGCUGUGCCCGGAUAGGUAGGUGUAUCUUGAUUGACAGUCUCGCUCGGGCUCGGUAGUAGAUUCAGAGCGCUGUAGCUUUGGCGCUGUCCACACGAGAGCAGGUUCUGAAACGCGCCGCGCGCUCUUGCAGUGUUUGCGCGGAAAGGACGGAGGCUCGACCACUGCUUCUCGCCGCCGGAGCGCUCACUCUGGAAGACCACCUUUCGGCGGACAUCGGUUGCGAAGAGACUGAGAAAUAACACUACCGUAUCAGCCGUCUGAGACUUUCCGUGGAUUUUUUACGCACGUACCGAGUGGUUCAAAACUUGAUAAAGCCUGUUUUCUUCUUCAGGACAUUUCUCGGACAUUUUCCCCCAAGUUCAAAUGCUUCGCACAAUGGCAAUUUUUUAUUUUCUGUUUAACUUUGGCAAACAUUUUGAUUUGGGGUUCAUUCCAUGUACUUUUUAAUUUCUAAUGUCCACGGCGUAUGUCUAUUGUUUGGGGAUCUCCUUACUGUCGGAGUUUUUUCCUCCUAAAAAGACAGUCUGAGGGCGCGCUUUGAGGGAUUAGAAGAUCAAGAUGCAAGGGAUCGCUUUUACGUGAAGAUAAGCUACGCUGAACAUGAAGUAAAUGUUUUGGUUUCUCAGAAACCUCACCAGGAUUUUCUGGUAUAGAGACGCGCUCUGACAGUCAGUGAACCUCGGUCACAGUUCACGGGUCACGGUCAGUGGAGCGAGGAUGUCAAGAUAGAGCUUGGAAACGAGUCUUCUACAUUUUUAUCUAAAGCUUACGACUGUUCGGACUAAUAUUAAAAUUGGUACAUAUCGCCAGGACUUUUCUUGAAAUCCCAUUCUGAUGAAUCCACACUGAUGUCUGAGUUCAUUCACUCUGGAUGCUGGGCCGCGGGAGCAGUUGUGUGACGCGGGAGCAGGGUUGUACCCUGACCAUUUGCAUUUUUGUUGACUAAUUAAUAAUGGAUCAGAUAAACUGUAAUUUAUGAAUUAUUUCUUUUUCUUUCUCCCUCGAAAAACGCAAAAGCUAUUUACAUAUAUACUCUUGACCUUAGGCCUUAGGUCUUCAGGUUCGAUUGUUUAUUUUCCAACCAAAGUUUCUGUGGACUUCAUCACAGCUGAAACUGAGCGGACCGAAUACACACGCACAAACCUUUAAAAGAACAAGAACAAAAGCAGGACAUUAAAGGCUUUUUGGUGGUUUUCCAAGGGAAGGCCUGUCCUGCAGACCGAUGGAAAUCCACUGCAAACACGACCCGUUCGCAGCGAUGCACAGGCAUGGAGGGGUGAAUCAGCUGGGUGGGGUGUUUGUGAACGGGCGGCCCUUGCCUGACGUGGUGAGGCAGAGGAUAGUGGAGUUGGCCCAUCAGGGCGUACGUCCGUGUGACAUCUCCCGCCAGCUCCGGGUCAGCCACGGCUGCGUCAGCAAGAUUCUGGGCAGGUAUUAUGAGACAGGCAGCAUCAGACCAGGGGUGAUCGGAGGCUCCAAACCAAAGGUUGCUACACCCAAAGUCGUGGACAAAAUCGCUGAUUACAAACGCCAAAACCCCACCAUGUUUGCCUGGGAGAUCCGAGACAGACUGCUGGCAGAGAGAGUGUGUGACAAUGACAGCGUGCCCAGCGUCAGCUCAAUCAACAGGAUCAUUCGCACUAAAGUCCAGCAACCACCGGGCCAAUCAGGAGCUGUCUCUGCCCAUAACUUAGCCUCUACAGUGGCAGUGACCCAGGUAUCGGCAGUAACCAGCGACGCUGCAGGCUCCUCCUACUCCAUCAGUGGAAUUCUGGGAAUCAGCUCACCUGCCGAUGCAAGCAAGCGGAAGAGAGAUGAAACUCUACAGGAUUCUCCAUUGGCGAAUGGCCACGCCCAUUCAGGGCGGGACUUCCUGCGGAAGCAGAUGCGAGGAGAACUCUUUACACCACAGCAGCUCGAGGUAUUGGACCAUGUCUUUGAUCGACAGCCCUAUCCUGACAUUUACCCCGUCCCUGACAGCAGCAGCUUCAAGACAUCCGAUUACUCGGCUAUGGCAUCUUUGACUGGUGGAUUGGAGGAGAUGAAGAACAGCUUGGCCAAUCAGACGGGAGCAGAGCUGGGUUCCACUGUUGCAGGUCCUCAAUCGUAUCCACUUGUGUCUGGUCGCGACCUGGCCAGCACCACGCUCCCUGGUUACCCUCCUCAUGUUCCUCCAACUGGGCAGGGUAGUUACUCCACACCCUCCCUCGCAGGAAUGGUACCUGGAGGAGAUUUCUCUGGCAGUCCUUAUUCCCAUCCGCAGUAUUCGACGUACAACGAGUCUUGGAGAUUUGCAAACCCCAGUCUACUAGUGUUCCAGCAGGAGUACGGUUCUUUACUGGGCUCAGAGAGAGCAGCUUCAUCGGGUCUAUUCCCUGGCCAAACCCCACAACCUACAGGAUCUCCAUACUACUAUAGCGCAGCCACACGGGGAGCAGGAACGGUUGCCACAGCAACUGCCACUGCCUAUGACCGCCACUGACCAGCCCGACAGAGGAGAGGAAGAACGGGGAAGGAGUGGGCGAAACGAGAAGAAAGAAGAGCGAGAAUGGAUUGAUAGCACCCACACAAGAAAGAAAAGAAGUGUAGGAGGAGCAGGAAGGAGAAAGAAGAAAGAAAGAAGAGGUGACAAUGUUUCCCUGCCAAUUACAAUCAAUGGUCCAAUCAGUAGCUUCAGCCGACGUGUCUGAAUUCUGUUCAUUAGUGGAAAGUACACACCCAUUCACCUUUAUUCCUGUGGUCUCAGCUCACACUAAAUCUGUUAUCUUCUGUCAUUAAAGCCUUGCUUAUCCUAUCGUCUUUGCAUCUCUAUGCAGCCUGUUCUUAGAGAUGAUCAGGUGUGGGGAAUUGGUUCCAGACAAUCUACUAGUGGCAGCUUGAGAUGACCUACAUGCUUUCAGUUCAUUUUUGAGUCAUUUUAUUAUCUGUGUGAAUGUGGCAUCAUAGUCUGUGGCAGACUAAAACCAUGAAUUGUUUUGGAGAGAACCUAACGUAUCAAGUGAACGGAGAUUUAAUAGAGUUGGACAGAAAACUCAGGUCGGAAUAUUGGCAUUAUUUACAUUCAGAUUAGCCAGCGUGAAGGACAGACCCAUUUUGCUAUCGAGCACGGGACGCUUCCACUUGAAAAUGUAGCGUACUAAUCACGGUAGAGAUUUUACUGGAAGGUACUGAAAUCUGCCCUGAUGAGAAGCACAAGAACAUCUGAGCCCUCAGUUCUAAUCUUGGAGCCAUUUAGACGUAACAGACUCCUUAUAAACUGAAUUACAUGCAAGUUUAGAAUUAGCUGCGAUCAACAACGGAACUGUUGUGUGAUUCAGUCAUUGUGUAAUAUGUUGGAAAAUAGCAGCAUGAUUUAAAUGUUUAAGCACUGUUGUCAUGAAUGAGAGCAUCAGUAUUUUAAAGACUCCUCUCCUUCCUCUAUGUAGAUAAAUAUUAUUUACGUAUGUACAGAAUACCCCUAUUCAACUGUACAUUAGUAAGAUUUAUAGCUAUUUAUGAUGGAGAGUAAUAUAUAUAAAAUUGUGUGUAAAAGUUUACUGCGGACAAAUGCUACUGCUAGCUAAAGAUGUCGCCGUGGAAGACGAAGCUGGUUCUCUUUUUAAACCCCUGACGUUUCAUUCCAAACACAAAUCAGUUGCAAUCAAAAGAGCUUGCUGGCACUGAAGCACCGACAAACUUUUGUAAAUUCGCUCCAUUUUAGAAGGGGAAAACCGAUGCUAAUUCUUCCCUAACGGGAAGUGAUGUUGUACUGUCUGUAUGUCCUUCAAAUGGUCUCCUUAGCCUCCCCAAAGAUGCUCUUCAGUAGUCCAUAAGACACUCUUAAAAGCACAAAGUGACAAAUCUGUUUUCCAGAAAUGGCUUUUUUUUAUUUUUGUUCACGCUCGUUCUCUCUGAGUGCAUUUGUUUUUAUUCCCUUCAUCCAUACUGCGCCAAGACAAUGCAUGAGACCAAGGUGGAGGCCUUACCAAACUCUAUAUGUAGCAACAUCAUGUCUAAGAUAUCCUGUACAUCUAUCACUUACCAUGACAAGAGCUUUCGAUAUCAUUAUUGACCGAUAUAUUGAUAUCUAACUUUAGAUUCUAGUGGAUGAGAAAAGACAAAAAGUGUGCUUUAUUUAGCUAUUGUCUGUGAUGAGUGUUCCCAGUUUUUUUUGUUUUUGUUUUUGUUUUUUGCUUUUUAUUUCAAUACACUGUGCAUUGCUGAGUAGCUUUCCAAAAAGGAGAACACUGUAGUUUUAGUAGUGAGUCACAAGCACCAAAACUUUGAUGUGAAAUAAGUAAAAAAAAAAAAAAAAAAAAAGAUAAAUCUAUGAUUAUAUAUAUAUAUAUAUAGAAGUUGAUAGUUUUUAUGUUUUUAUGUUGUUGCUCUGGACUGUAAAGUAGUACUAGGAUUACAUUUGUUUGUAGAUCAUAAGUUGCACCUUAUGCAACUCUAAAGAAACCCUUGAUGCCGUUCACCACUAAUGACUACUGGUGAACUUUGACCUUUUAAACUUUUAGUCAGAGGCAUUAUGAACCUGAAGUACACCAGCUGAAAUCAAGGACAGUGCCUUUAUUUUUCUACCGAGUCAUCCAGAAUGACCGCGAGUCGCUAAAUUGCAUGCAUUUCAUAAUGAGAUCACAGCUUGACCAACCAAUCAACAAACCGAUGCCACUUCCAGUCAUUUUUAACAGCGUUUUUAACAUGCUAAUUUUACAAUCUUAUUAAAACUCAGCAAGUAAACUAAAAGUGAAAUAUGAAAUCCAUUUAAAUCAAUUUAAUAUUUAACAUCCAAUUAGAUAUGAUUAUCACAUAUAUAAGAUUCAAUAAAAGCAAAAUGCACAUAUUCUGAGACCCAAAUGUUUUGUUUAACAGAGUUUCUGGGUAUUCCUGUUGGAUUAAAGUAGAGAGACACAAAAGAAACACACAAUCGCAGUUCUUUUGUCCUUUGGCAGGUUGCGAAUAUGCCAUAUCUUUCCAUUGACAUGAUCAAAAACUGCUGCACCAGCAAAAUCAAACGCCCCUUUCUCUUUUCCCAUCUCUUCUUAUUUCAAUUUCUUAUUUCGACCUGCCCCAUCAUUGAACUCCAUUUGUCUCACUUCAAUCUCAUUAGAUCUUCCUAACCCCUUCCUCCAAUGCCAUCCAGAUUAGAAAUUCUACAAGUUGGCCGUUGAUCACCUGAGAAGAUUAAGGUUAUGUGAUUAAAAUAUUAAUUAUGUUUAAUUGCACAUUUUAAGUUAUAAACAGCUUGCAUAAAACAAGUUGAUUUAAUUAGUCCUAUUUUUCUCAUUCACUCUCAUUCACAAAAAAGUGUCAAAAUAAAUACCUGGCUUCCAAUUAUACUUUAAAACAAAGUAGUUUAAUCUCUAAAUAUGGUUUAGUAAUGACUCCAUAUUUCAAAUAUUUUCAAAGGAAAGGCUGUGCGUCGUAAAUGAAAUGCAUUGAUCCACUAAACAACCCUCAAUUUGUUUUCAGCGUCCCACUGUUUUCCUCACUUCAAAUCAAAAUAUCAGAAUAUGUGAAUAAAAUGCUAUUUGACUUCAUUUUCCAAAUAAGCUAAAUUUGGUAUUGAUUGUAUUGAUUCUAAAAGUGGCAUGUCCACAUCAACAUUACAGGUUUCCCAACGAGAAAAGCAGACUUUUAUAAAACAGAGGACUUGGUUAUCACCUUAUUGUGGCCUUCUGUGUACAAUCGGAAGCUCCUUCUGUUUCUUUCCCAAGGGGUUCAUAAGUAUUUUUUACUCAGUUUUUGAAGUAAAGAUGAAAGAUUUUAAGAAAGUUUGAAACCUUUUGACGAAUUUGAUAACAGCAAUCAGUUCAAUUCAAAGGAAAAAGAAAGAAUAAAAAAAAAUAAGACCAGUAACACAUCUGUAGCAAAGUAUUCUGUGGUGAUCAUUGCAAAAAUAUUCAAAUUAUGAAAUAACCAACAUGACAGAAAGAGGAAGGCAACAGAUAUUUGCAACGAGUAAAUGAAUGAACUGCUUCUUUAAGAAAUGUGUAUGUUUUUUAUUGAAUUUUCUAGUAGUAAAAAAAUCUUGGUGUUUUUCUCUGCGUGUCGUGUGUUGUCUAAAUAUUUGAAUGUAUUUACUGCGGAACAAAAUUUGCCAAAGAUAUCAUGCCGCUUGAUUUCAAUCUUUUUUGUUCUUCGUGACUUAUUUCUUAAUUUGAUUAAAAUCUGUCCACAAGCUGGAAAUAAGUGUGAUUUGAUAUUGAUUUUCUAAUGGAAUUAUAUUGCUAUUGUUAUAUUAUUAUUUUUUUAUUAUGCUGAUGAUUUUUGUUUGUUUGUUUUACUGUUGUUCAGGGUUAUUCAAUUGUCUGGCAUUCCUCCUAAUCCUUGAUACAGGGUCUAGGCUACUCUGUGUAUGUGCAUAUGAGUGAAUGUUGUUUGUGAAUUAUCGAUUAACGUAUGUUGUAAUGUGAAACUAAGAAGUAAUUAUUUGUAAAUAUUGGCCAUAAUUUUAUUGGUUCAUCAGAAUAAAAGUAAUUUUUUAAGUUCA